GAUGGGAAAGCUUGGCGGCCCUGAGGACACUGGCCAACAGUGGCGGUUUUGUGCACGCGGUCGCCUCGCGCAGGGUGUCUGUGGACUUGGAGAGCAGGGGUUGGGAUGCAUUUCAUGGACCCAAACUGGCAAGGCAAUUUGGAGGGAGUCAGACCUUGUCUGCCAAUUCCGCUCCAACAGAAUCGUCAGGACAGCUGCAGGGGGGCCUCUUUAUUGAUGAACAAUAUGUGGUGAACAUGUUCAAUAAAUGCCGUCACAGUGUCGUGCACAUAAGGUCCUAUGACCAGGCGAUGACCUUGUUCUCCCUCAACCCUGUGCAAAUCCCAAGAGGCAGUGGAACGGGGUUUGUGUGGGACGACAAGGGCCACAUCGUCACGAACCUUCAUGUGGUGGGCUCCGCUGGGACGCUUCAGGUCGCGUGGGCGGAUGGGAAAACUGCCACGGCCAAAGUGCAAGGCGCGUCAGCUGACAAAGACAUCGCCGUUUUGGCGACUGAAGGCAAGGGUCCCUCACUGGCUCCAGUCCAGGUGGGCUUCUCCAACCUCCUGAAUGUAGGACAGAGGGUGUUCGCCAUCGGAAAUCCAUUCGGACUCGACCAGACCCUGACGGCAGGCAUCGUCAGCGGACUGGGCCGUGAGAUAACAGGCGCGGGCGGGAAAACUAUCCGAGAUGUCAUCCAGACAGACGCAGCAAUCAACCCAGGAAAUUCGGGUGGCCCGCUGCUCGACAGCCAGGGCCGCCUCGUAGGCGUCAACACCGCCAUAGCCAGCAGCUCGGGGACGUUCUCUGGUGUUGGCUUCGCCAUACCUUCCAACACUGUGCGGCGGGUGGUCAGCCAGAUCAUACGCCACGGCCGGGAGGUGCAGCCUCGGCUUGGCGCAAACUGCCUGUUGGACCACUACGGCAAGAGGGGCGUCGUGGUGCACAGCGUAGAGCCUGGGUCGGCGGCCGAAAGGGCGGGCUUGAGGGGCCUUCAACGAGGAGCGGGAGGCGGCUGGGUCAUCGGAGACCUCAUUGUGGCGGCUGCCGGACAACCCGUGGUUCACCCCGAAGAGCUGCAGUCGGUCAUCGAGCAGUUCGAGACAGGCGACAUCUUGAAUUUGACUGUCGACCGGGUGGUGGGGCCAGACAGAAUGGACCGCAUAGAGAUUCAGGCUCACUUGUAA